UGAUUGGCUGAGGCGUUUAUCCCUCCGCUGCUGAAGGUGAAGCGGCUCCCAGUGUUUGAGCUCCUGUCUUGACUCCCGCUCCAAAAUGUCAUCCAGCGGACUUUUAAACACGAACGCUCGGCUCUGUAAACGCCUGGCUCACAAGUACCUCUCAAGAACCUACACAUCUCGUCCUUCACUCAAUGAAGUCGUCAUUGUCAGCGCAGUCCGCACUCCAAUGGGCUCCUUCAGAGGCAGCCUGGCAGCAGUUCCAGCCACCAAACUGGGCUCCAUUGCCAUAAAGGGAGCUGUAGACCAAGCAGGAAUCACUCCUGAAGAGGUGAAGGAGGUCUACAUGGGCAACGUGCUGCAGGCAGGAGAAGGACAAGCUCCUACGAGGCAGGCCCUGCUCGGAGCAGGUUUGACUCUUGGCACUCCAGCAACAACCAUCAACAAAGUCUGUGCAUCUGGAAUGAAGUCCAUCAUGAUGGCAGCCCAGAGUCUAAUGUGUGGACACCAGGAUGUGAUGGUGGCCGGAGGCAUGGAGAGCAUGUCCAAUGUCCCCUAUGUGAUGGGCAGAGACACCCCCAGCUACGGAGGAGUGAGGAUGGAAGACCUCAUCGUCAAAGAUGGACUCACUGAUGUCUACAACAAGUUCCACAUGGGCAACUGCGCAGAGAACACAGCCAAGAACAGUGAGAUCACCAGAGAGGAGCAGGACGCUUACGCCAUCGCUUCAUACAGCCGCAGCAAAGCAGCGUACGAGUCAGGCCUGCUGGCCAAAGAGAUCGUACCAGUCAGCAUCCCCCAGAGAGGAAAGCCUGAUGUGGUCGUGUCCGAGGACGAGGAAUGGAGGCGAGUCGACUUCAGCAAAGUCCCCAAACUGAAGGCUGUGUUCCAGAAGGAGAAUGGCACGGUGACGGCAGCCAAUGCCAGCACACUGAACGAUGGAGCUGCUGCUCUGGUGUUAAUGACGGCAGAAGCUGCAAAGAGACUCAACGUCACUCCACUGGCCCGGGUCGUCUCUUUUGCCGACGCUGCAGUGGCCCCCAUUGAUUUCCCCAUCGCUCCUGCGUUCGCUGUACCAAAGGUGCUGGCGGCAGCAGGGCUGAAGAAGGAGGACAUCUCCAUGUGGGAGAUCAACGAGGCCUUCAGCGUGGUUGUGCUGGCCAACAUCAAGAUGCUGGACAUCGACCCCGCUAAGGUCAACGUCAACGGAGGAGCGGUUUCCCUGGGACAUCCCAUCGGGUAAGCAGCUGAGAGGGACAGUCUGGAUUGGAGGGACGAGAAUAGAAGUGCUUCACUCAUCCCAGAAGGAGAUGAGCUGAGGUGACCAAUGAGGUGUGUCCUGUGUUCUAAACAUCUCUGCUGUUUCUUCUGCCUCUCCCUCCUCUCUGUGAUGCAGAAACAGAUUUUUGUUUUAGUGAUCCAAUAAAGUAGGAGACAGAGAAUCAAGUAUACAGGUUAAUCCAUAUUCAAACCUUUCCCACGACAUC